AUGGCGACCGUAGACUCCUCUCCUCCCGAGCCCCCGAAACACCAAGGGACCUCCCCAGAAAACUCCUUCCGGACCAUUGCAGAUCCGAGGAACGCAAAUGCGUCCAAUCUCUCUAGAUCCAAUUCGACGCCCUCCAAACAUCCCGAGGUCAACGCUGAAGUUGCCGCUCUGAGCGACAAACUCAUAAGUGCAAUCAACCACCAAACUACCUUGGAUGAUACUCUUGCCCAGACGAGACAGGAGUUGGAAGCAUCAAAAGCCCGUAUUGCAAAACUGGAGGCAGAAGCUAAAGCAUAUGAAGAAAGGAUCUCGCGAGGAGACUUACUUCCAAAGGAAAAAGUUGAUGAGCAAAAAGACAAGCUUACAGCGGAGCUGUUUGAGGAGAAGAAACAAAGGGCACAAGUCCUCCAGGAAAAGCGUGGAAUAGAGUCGGAGCUGGAAACUCUGACAGCCUCUUUAUUUGACGAGGCAAACAAGAUGGUGGCUUCGGCCAACCGAGACCGGGACGCUGUCGAAAAGAAGAAUCAACAGCUUCGCGACCAGAUCAAGGACGGCGAGGCUUUGAUAGCUUCUCAAACCGAGCAAUUGACGGAGUUGAAAACCCUGAUGCAGCAAAUUGGUCCAGCUCCGGACUACCGAAGGGAACUUGACUCCCCACGAGUGUCGCUGGCACCGUCAAGCCCCGGCGUGACAAGAGAAGGGAGCGAUCUUGCUCGUCUGCUCGAAGCGAUGAACCUGUCCCCCGUCACGCCUGAGCAUGGUGAACUUGCGCCGAGCCCUUCUACCGCUCUGACACACCUCGUCAAACCACUCUGCCGGACAGAUAUUCCCGCGUAUGAGGAUUUCAGGAAUUUGGUACAAACCUCCCAUUUUCGGUCGCAUAAUCCUUCUCAUGCCCCAUCCAGAGCAGGCUCUGGCUCCUAUGGCGGGUUAAAUGUGAUGGGUCUCGGCUCACUGAGUAAUCAUUCACAACCAAAUCUAUCACAGAUCUCUCAGCCAGCGACGUCGAAGCUCGCCAAUUCUCCAAAUAUUCCGGGGUCGUUUAGCCCCAAUCCAGACGCCAAGGGACCUGUCCCGCUGAGAGAAACGCGAUUUUUUAAGCGUAUUCUGGUCGAAGAUAUUGAGCCGACUCUUCGUCUUGACCUAUCACCAACCCUGUCCUGGUUGAAUCGACGCAGCAUUCUUGCCGCCAUGGGCGAUUCUACUCUCAUCGUCGAACCAAUUCCCGAGGCAUCCAUCAAGCUGUACGGGAGAUACACGCCUUGCGCUCUGUGCGGAGAGAACAGGAAACAAGGAGAAAAUCCUCGGACACAUGCCAUGCGUGUUCGCGAAGGAGAAGGUGCUACUAGAUGGUGUGUCUGCACACUCUGCUUGGAAAAGGUGCGUGGCGUGGGUGAUCUGGUCGCCUAUAUACGUAUGGUUCGAGAGGGAGUGGUCAAGGUCGGUGAUCAGAAGGAUGAGGAGGACGCAUGGGAAGAACUGGUACGGUUGAGGGAGCGCUUAUUCUGGGCUAGAAUGGCGGGUGGAGUAGUGCCUGCGUUCAUCCCCACCCCGAAGCAAACUCCGGUGGACGAUGCAAAGAUGAGCGCGGAGCUGGAUGGUCAGAGGCACGAUGGAAAAGAGAACGAUACAUCUGGUGAGGCAACCAGUACCCCACCGCAAGAUUCGACGACUAUGGCAGAGGACAUGUCUCAGCGCUCAACACCUGGCACCGAUGAUGCUCAACCCGAAUCUGCCGACGAAACAGCCGCCCGCCUCCAACUCCAGCAGGGACUAGACGAAAGUCUUACUACAUUCGAUAAUAUCCGAGAAAAUAAGAGCAUAGGUAUCGGCGGUCGACAGAACUCAACCACGCCGCCAUCAACGCCCUCACCACCCAAGGGUCUUCCGAAGAGGGAGUCCAGUACUGGCGGAGGGAUCUCUUUCCCAAAGAUCAAUAUUCCCAGACUGCCACAGGGCUUUUGGGAAGCUCAAGUUAACACUCUUCGUUGA